UUUACCGGUUAUAACCGGUUAGCAUAAUUUUGUAUACAAUGAUUCAGAUUAUUUAGUAUGACCAAAUCUAAUGUGCCGAAAUCCCUAAUCUCUCUCCCCAAAAGACACAACAGAGUUUAAACCGGAAGUUUCCGUCAAAGUAUUUGGACUCAUCACGAAACUGGUGUUGAAGGAAGUUUUGGCUUCUCCUGCAUUUACUUUGUGUGAUAUAUUUCUGUAGUUACCAUGGAAGAAGAGGACAAUGCGGUUGAGCUUCUACAAAGAUAUCGGCGGGAUAGGCGUAUACUUCUUGAUUUUAUACUUUCUGGUAGCUUAAUUAAGAAAGUAGUAAUGCCCCCCGGCGCGGUUUCAUUGGAUGAUGUGGAUCUAGAUCAAGUCAGUGUUGAAUAUGUACUUGGUUGUGUGAAGAAAGGAGGGAUGCUUGAACUGUCAGAAGCUAUUAGAGAUUACCAUGACAGUACUCUUUUCCCACAUAUGAUAAAUAAUAUGGGUUCUACAGAUGAGUUUUUUUUGGUCACAAAUUCCGAAUCUUCAGGCUCACCACCAAAACGGGCUCCGCCAUCUGCUCCUUUGUUUACACCAUCCCCCAUUAUGCCAAGUCUUUUAAAAUCACAAUCUCUUAGCUCCACACAUGUGGAAGAGUCUCUUGACUCCAUGCAUGUUGAAGAGUCUCUUAACUCCACACAAGUGCAAGAACUAUCAGUUGAUGACAUUGAUGAUUUUGAGGAUGAUGAUGAUUUAGAAGAAGUUGACAGCCGUAGGACUUCAAGACGAAUUCCAAAUGAUGCCUCUGAUCUUGCAUUAGGAUUGCCUUCAUUUGCAACAGGUGUCAGUGAUGAUGAUCUUCGUGAAACUGCAUAUGAAAUCCUCUUGGCUGGUGCAGGGGCUGCAGGGGGCCUUAUCAUACCAACAAAAGAAAAAAAGAAAGAAAAAAGGUCUAGAUUUAUGAGGAAGCUUGGACGCAGUAAGACUGAAAAUGUUGUGUACCAGUCCCAGAACGCAACGGGAUUAGUUGGUUUGUUGGAAACAAUGCGAGUCCAGAUGGAGAUUUCUGAAGCAAUGGACAUUAGAACGAGACAAGGGCUGCUUAAUGCACUGGUGGGAAAAGUGGGAAAAAGAAUGGACACUCUUUUGAUACCUUUGGAAUUACUGUGUUGCAUUUCGCGAACGGAGUUUCCUGACAAGAAAGCGUAUAUACGGUGGCAAAAAAGACAAUUAAACAUGUUGGAGGAGGGGCUUUUAAAUCACCCUAUUGUGGGAUUUGGUGAAUCCGGGCGCAAGGCUAGUGAACUGAGGAUUCUUUUGGCAAAGAUAGAGGAAUCUGAGUCACUUCCAUCCUCUACAGGUGAACUCCAGCGGACAGAAUGCUUGAGAUCUCUCAGAGAGAUUUGCAUUCCACUUGCAGAGAGGCCAGCACGAGGUGACUUAACCGGUGAAGUGUGCCACUGGGCAGAUGGUUAUCACCUAAAUGUCAGACUAUAUGAGAAACUGCUUCUCAGUGUGUUUGAUGUCUUAGAUGAGGGAAAACUUACAGAGGAAGUUGAAGAAAUUCUUGAGCUUUUGAAAUCAACGUGGCGGAUUCUGGGAAUCACAGAGACCAUCCACUACAUUUGCUAUGCAUGGGUGUUAUUUCGUCAGUUUGUCAUCACAAGUGAGCAAGGAAUCUUGCAGCAUGCCAUCGAGCAGUUAAAGAAAAUACCAUUGAAGGAACAAAGGGGCCCACAAGAGAGACUGCAAUUAAAAAGCUUGCUUUCCAGAGUUGAAAGAGAAGAGGGGGUUCGAGAGUUUACUUUCCUUCAAUCCUUCUUGUUACCUAUUAAAAAAUGGGCUGAUAAGCAGCUGGGAGAUUACCAUCUGCACUUUUGUGAGGUUAAUAAACUUUUGAAGCAUUAAAGUUUCUUAUGUUAC